AUGAAGGCAGAAAGAGGAAAGGUGGACUAUGAGGAAAGUCGCAAGCGUACUCGAGAUACUUCUCAGUCUUCUGGAUCAGGCAAUCAGCGCCGUCGUGUUUUCAUUCCAUACAGUGCUGUGCCUCGUGCUCCUAAUGCACCAAAGUCUUCUGGUUAUGCUCCUCGCCCACAAGCUCCAAACAAUGCUGGUGGAACAAACUAUCGUUCCGCUACGGGUACUCCAGGCAGUGGUGCAUGCUUCACUUGUGGUCAACCUGGUCACUAUAUGAAAGAGUGCCCCCACAAUACUUCUGUUCGUGGUGCUCCACCACCAAAGAAGUUUACCAAUCCUCCAGUUGCUGGUCGUGGUCAGAAACCCCAAAACCCAGGGGGUUAUGGGCAAAAUCGCCCCCCUGUCUUCUUCUCCACGCACGCAGGCACGCAGCUGCCUGGCGCGCCCCUUGCCGUCGAUGGCGCCGGCGGCCUGGAUGGCUCCCGCCGCCCCCUGGCCGCCUAUAAAGGUCGCCGCCGACCAGGGGAGAACCUCCAUUUCGCUUCCCCUCCCUUUUUCCCCUUCUCUCUGAGCCGCGCCCUAGCAAACCCUAGCCCGGCCGUUCGCCAUCGCCGCCGCUCCGCUCCUUCCCGCGCUCCGCCGACGAGCCAGGGAGCUCCGCCUCGACGCCCUGGACCUCCUCCAGCAAACAGCCGCCGCCGGGGAGCCCCCAAUCGCCCCAAUUGGACGGAGCCCGAGCUCGCCGGCCACCGCCUAUCGCCGCCGUUUCCGGCCACCUCCGGCGACGCCGUCUUCACCGGCGUGCUCAGGGUGAGCCCCUGGUUCUCCCCGUGCCCCUGGCCCUCUCUCUCUCGCUCUCUACCGCCGCCUCCACACGGGCCUGCAAGCCCCGCCGUCGGCCAUCGCCGCCAUGGUCGCUCCGGCGACCAUUGGUGGGCGGCGCAGCCACCAACGAACUCCCCGCGACGCGCUGAGUCGUUUGCCCCCGCGCCCUCGCCCUAUCGCGGCCUCAAUCGGCCGAUUGCUGCGGCACCUGAGAGCUCAAGGUCGUGCUGA